AAAAUGCCAGUGGAGCUAAACCGUGUUGAGUUCCAAUGGCGAUAUACACGUAAACCCAAAUCUUAUCUCACUUCCAUUUUUUCCUAUAUAUAUAUUUAUUCCCCCUUUCUCUCUCUACUCUCUCUCUCUAACCUGUAAUACACAGUGGUGGGUUUUGGGCAUACAAGAAUUCUGCCAUUAAUUAAUAAAUAAUCCCUCUUUCCUUCAAUUUCUCAUAUAAUUCUCGUUGGAUUUGGGUUUUUCGUGGAUCGGGAGCAAAAGGGUUCCUCGUAAUUUUGAAGAAAAUUCAGAGAUUUUAGUGUAUUAUCAAAUGGAUCAUCGCAAGGAGAGAAAUGAACCUUGGCUAUCCGUGCCACAAUUUGGCGACUGGGAUCAAAAGGGACCGUUGCCCGAUUACUCGAUGGAUUUUUCGAAAAUUAGAGAAAUGAGGAAGCAAAACAAGCGGGACCCGUCAAGGGCAAGUCUCGGAAACGAGGAAGAACUAAUCCCGUCAACCAAAAGAGUUUCGAAUAUUCCCCAAAAUGAUACUCACGAAGUCUUUCAUGAAAGUCACUCUCCAACGGGAAGGAGGAGCUUCUUCAGAUACUUCAACUGUUGUGUCAAGGCAUGAACAAAGUCUUUGAUGGAUCGAUCUGCACUUUUUUAAUUUCUGCAUUUCAUGAUAUGUAAUGCAAUGUUGCCUUUUUUUUUUUAAUUUUUUUUUUGACAAAUUGUUUAUGGCGACGAAUAUUCGAAUUAUCGAUCGGUUUGUGAGUCUCACGUGGCUAGUCCGAAUAACAUGAUUUUUGUGGGGGCUUGUUAAUAUAAUAGUGUGGAUUAGUGAUGUUUCUUGCAUAAUGUAGAUCUUAGACAUAUUCAUUUAUGGUGAGCAUAUUGCUUUUUUGUUUUUAUAAUUUUAGAUUUGUGAAAAUAAGAUAUUUCGUUUGAUU